UGAAACCAACCCUAAGCUCUUUUUAUCUCCGCCCUAAAGGUAGCCCCGAUUAUUGCUGACUUAAGCAUCGGAGUGUCUACCCCGAGUUCCACCUUGGGGCUUUGCAGGUCAUCCCGGAGUGCAGGCGCGGGCUGAAAAAGGACUUCUGGCUUGGUGCAAUUACAUUGGCGCCGUCUGUGGGAAUCGAACUGAAAGCUUUCUAGUUGCUCUUUCAUCAUGAUUCACACUCGAUCAGUCCGAGCUGGUAAUUCAUCUCUGCCUCUUGGGCAAGGUCAACCCCCCAACAACCUUCCACCUCAACUCCCACCUCAACUCCCACCUCAACUUACACCUCAGCUUCCACCUCAGGUCCCAACUAUAUUCCCUCUUGUGGAUCAUGCAGAAGGAGGAGAUGAAAACCAACCUCAUGCCUCAGCUCACAACUCAACUUCCACUGCCAACCAAGAUCAUCCUCAACCAAUUCAGCAUGCUCCCGCUAUUAGUGAAUCUCAGGGUCAAUCCCACAUCGCACCUGCUCAACAACCCAUCCCUGAUGAUGUCACUCGACAUCUCGAUAGCUUGGAAAAGCUAGUAGCUGAACACCGAGGCGCUCCACCCCCACACCAUACUGCUGACUCCAUACCUCACCCUCUGAAUACCAAUAUUACACUGGAACCCUAUCCUGCUAGCUUCAAAAUACCACAAUUGGAGACUUAUGAUGGGACAAAGGAUCCUGAUGAUCAUUUGCAUGCUUUCUACUCUUGCAUGCAAGCUUAGAACACCUCUGACGCGUUAAUGUGCAAAAUCUUCCCCUCUACUCUCCGAAGUAAUGCCCGAACUUGGUAUUACAAU